AUGGCUGUAUUACCUGAAAAAUUUAAGCGUGUGUCUAUGUACGAGUUUACUAAAGAAGUUUGGGAUAUUUUACAGACUGCAGAUGAGGGAACACGGGCAGUUAAGAAUUCUAAGUUACAAAUGUUGACCACUAGAUUUGAAGAGACUAUGAUGAAUGAAGAUGAGACAUUCGAUAACUUCUAUGCGAACUUGAAUGACAUAGUUAAUUCUAGCUUGAACCUAGAUGAAAGAAUUCCUAAUCAUAAGAUUGUUAGAAAAAUCCUGAUAUCCUUACAUGAGAGAUUUAGGCCUAAAGUUACAGUUAUCAAGAAGAACAAGGAUCUAGAUCCUGUUAAGAUUGAAGAAUUGGUUGGAUAUCUCCAAACUUAUGAACUCAUCAUAUCUCAGCAUAAGAAGAACGAAUCUCUAGCAUUAAACAUAGUUAAGGAAGAACAGUAUGUUUAUUCUGAUUCAAAAUCAUUUAAUGAUGAGGAAAUAACUUACUUUGUUAAGAAUUUUUUUAAAAAAAUUAUAAAUAACAAGAAGACUAAAGAGAGACAUAGAGGUUAUUCCAGUAAGUCUAGAAAGAGAUCUCAAUCAGUGAGAUGUCAAUGUGUCAAGGGUAAAGCUAUGAAUGCAACUCUUACUGAUGACAAGUCUAGUUCAGAUAAUCAAAGUGAGAUGUCCUCUCAUGAGGAGAAUGGGAAGUUCAUGGCUUUCAUUGCUAGGAUUAAAAGUGAAUAUGAUAAUGACAAUGAAAGGUUGAGAUAG